CAUUCAGAGAAAAUGGUCUCAUCCUCUUAGCCGUUGCCCUCUUCCUUGGAACCAUAUGGUCAUUAAGUGAUGGUGAUGUCUACGAGAAGUCUUGAGACUUGAAACUUACUUCACUCCCUUUUUAUUUAAAUAGAUGGACUUGAGACUGAUUGAUCGUCAGACAAAUAUGGCUUCUUCCUCUUACUUGAGGCCGUUUCCUACUCCGCCGUCUUUGACUCCGGUGAUGAAAGAAGACGGAGAGUGCAUAACCUGGGCAGACCUUCCGUCUGACUUAACGUCAUCGAUCCUGCGCAGGCUCGGCUCGAUUGAUAUAUUCGAAAAUGCUCAGAGAGUGUGUACAUCAUGGCGUGGCGUCUGUAAAGACCCUGAGAUGUGGCGUAAGAUAGACAUGCGUAACCUAGGAGACGUGGGGUUCAACCUCGAGAUCAUGUGCCGUCAUGCAGUCGAUCGUAGCCAGGGAGGACUGGUUGACAUUGAGAUUUGGCAUUUCGCUACUGAUUCCCUCCUCAACUAUAUCGCCGAUAGCUCAAGUAACCUGAGAAGCCUUAAACUAGUGAAGUGCUCUCCUCUAACUUCUGAAGGACUUACUGAAGCAAUUGUGAAGCUUCCAUUGCUUGAAGAACUCGAUGUCUCCUACUGCUCACUCUCAGUUGAGUCUCUGAAAGUUGUAGGCCAGUCCCUUCCUAACCUGAAGACACUGAAGCUAAACCGUAUAUAUAGGCGCUUUGCGUGCCGACCGUACGUGAGUGACGAUGAUGCUCUAGCAAUCGCUGAAACAAUGCCCCGACUUAGCCACCUCCAGCUUUUCGCAAACAAAUUAACAAGCACUGGUUUGAACGCCAUUCUUGAUAAUUGUCCCAACCUUGAACAUCUCGAUCUACGUAUGUGUCUUAACGUUACACUUUUAGGAGAUCUGAAGAAGCGGUGUUCCGAGAGGAUCAAAGUUUUGAUACGACCUUUUGACUCGUUUCUUGAUCACCCACACGAUGAGGCUGCUAUCCUUACGGAUUCAUCCGAUGAUCAUUACAAUGACUAUUAUGAAGACGAUGACGAUUCGUAUGAUAAUGAUGAUGUGUAUGGAUCCUUUUAGGAAAAGUUUGUGAGUUUAUCCUGCAAUAUUAAAUAAAU